AUGGCUCCCGUUGACAACGAAGUCAGAGGCAGAUUGGCCCUGGUCACAGGUGCCUCUGGCGGCAUUGGAGGAGCUUGUGCCAAGGAGCUCUUCGCCAACGGCGCUCGUCUGGCCCUGACGUGUUCGUCCGAACGCACCUACGCCAAGAUCACAGAGCUCGCUUCGAAGUUGAAGAGCGCUGCAACCCAAGACGCCACCGUCUCCUGCCAUGUGGUGGACAUGUCCUCCACUAGUGCCAUCGAGCACCUCUUUGAGCAGAUCAAGACCGAGCACGGCCAACCCCCCGACAUACUAGUCUCCAAUGCCGGCACGGCUGGCUUCGGCAACAAAGCCAAUCCGUAUCUUGAGAACAUUUCCCUCGACGAAUUCGACUUCACCAUCAACAUCAACCUUCGCGCCUCGUUCCUCCUGUGCAAGUUGGCCAUCCCGCACAUGGCCGCCCAGCACUGGGGCCGCAUCGUCUUUGUCUCGUCCAUCUCGGCCGUUGGCGGUGGCAUCAACGGCUGUCACUACGCCGCCAGCAAGGCCGGUCUGACGGGCAUGAUGAAGAACCUGUCAUCCAAGCACGCCAAGGACGGCGUUUCGCUGAACGACGUCGCGCCGGCCAUGAUUGGGGACACGGGCAUGAUUCCUGACGAAAAGCGUGUCGAGGGCACACCCGGCGACGUGAAGAACAUACCUGUUGGAAGGCUGGGUACGCCGCAGGAGUGUGCCAAUGUUGUCAUCAUGCUUUGCAAAACUGGCUAUCUGACGGGGCAGAGCAUCUUGUUGAGCGGCGGCCUAAAGUGA